CCGCCGCCGCCGCCGCCGCUCCGCUGCCCGCGCCGCCCGCGGCUCCCGAUGGAGACUGACGCGCCCCAGCCCGGCCUCGCCUCCCCGGACUCGCCGCACGACCCCUGAUGUUCAUCGGAGGACUCAGUUGGCAGACCACGCAGGAAGGGCUGCGCGAAUACUUCGGCCAGUUCGGGGAAGUGAAAGAGUGUCUGGUGAUGCGGGACCCCCUGACCAAAAGAUCCAGGGGUUUCGGCUUCGUCACUUUCAUGGACCAGGCGGGGGUGGAUAAAGUGCUGGCGCAAUCGCGGCACGAGCUCGACUCCAAAACAAUUGACCCCAAGGUGGCCUUUCCUCGGAGAGCGCAGCCUAAGAUGGUCACUCGGACGAAGAAGAUCUUCGUGGGGGGGCUGUCUGUGAACACCACGGUGGAAGAUGUGAAACACUAUUUUGAGCAGUUCGGAAAGGUGGAUGACGCCAUGCUGAUGUUCGACAAAACCACCAACAGGCACAGAGGGUUUGGGUUUGUCACGUUCGAGAGCGAGGACAUCGUAGAGAAAGUGUGUGAGAUCCACUUCCAUGAAAUCAACAACAAAAUGGUGGAAUGCAAGAAAGCCCAGCCAAAGGAGGUGAUGUCCCCGACGGGCUCGGCCCGGGGCCGGUCUCGGGUCAUGCCCUACGGAAUGGAUGCCUUCAUGCUGGGUAUUGGGAUGCUGGGUUACCCGGGGUUCCAAGCCACAACCUACGCCAGCCGGAGUUACACAGGCCUUGCCCCUGGCUACACCUACCAGUUCCCCGAAUUCCGUGUAGAGCGGAGCCCUCUCCCGAGCGCCCCAGUCCUCCCCGAGCUCACAGCCAUCCCCCUCACAGCUUAUGGGCCCAUGGCGGCGGCGGCGGCGGCGGCUGUAGUUCGAGGGACAGGCUCUCACCCCUGGACGAUGGCCCCCCCUCCAGGUUCCACUCCCAGCCGCACAGGGGGCUUCCUAGGGACCACAAGCCCCGGCCCCAUGGCUGAGCUCUACGGGGCAGCCAACCAGGACUCGGGGGUCAGCAGUUACAUCAGCGCCGCCAGCCCCGCCCCCAGCACUGGUUUCGGCCACAGUCUUGGGGGUCCCUUGAUUGCCACAGCAUUCACCAACGGGUACCACUGAAGCAGGGAGGAGGUAGCAGGAGCGCCCCAGCCUGCAGCUGACUGAGGACCGGACUGAGCCAGCAAGGGGAUUGGGACACCUCAGCCGCAGCAGCCCAGCCCCUUGGCUGCAACUCGGACCGCUACUGCCUGUCCCUCAACCCCUGGGCCCAGCCCCCAGCCCUGCCACCCCCACAUCUGGCUCCCCUACUAACCUCCCUCUUCUGACCUUGCCUCUCCCAUCUGCCUCUCUCCCUGGUCACUUUUAUUUAUUUUUGGAUUAGCCAGUUGCCCUCCUCCCCACACCAGAUCUGCCCUCUCCGGUCUGCCCACCCCCCCUGCUGCCCACUUUAGGGCGGUCCACCCCAGAAAGGCUUUUGUAUCUGUGUAGCUAGCUGGAGGGCGGGCAGAGGGGGCCUGCUGCAGACCGAGGCCCCGACCUGGUGUUUUUUUGUUUGUUUUGUUUUUAAUUCUGGCUUUUCCCUCUUUUCUCUUUACUUUUUUUUUUUUUUUUUUAAAGAAACUGUUUUUAAACUAUUUCUAGGUUUGUGAAUGUGAAGCCCCAGGCCGCAGGGGGCAAGGGGCCAGGUGCCCCCCACGCCAGCUGAGAACGUAGUAUCUAUGUGGGUGUGGGUUCCUGGCCUCCUCCCUCCAGCCCUGGAGAGGAGGGCAGGGCUGCGGGGUAAGCCAGGCCGAGCCCCUGGAGCCACCCCGUCCUGUAUCAUAUGUAAAUACUGUGAGGUGAAUCCCUACCCCACCCUUCCCUAAGACCCCCCCCUUGGGGUGACAGCGUUUGUCUGACCCCACAGGGCAAAAGUCCCUCCCCCCCUUCUCCCUGUCUCUGUCCCUUCCUCCUCAGACACCGUUACUGUAAGGUUGCAGACCUCAGCUCUGGCCACGGCAGGCCCACACUCUCAGGCCCUCCCCGGGUUCAAGGCCUUGGGCGGAUUCUUUCCCCCCAAGAAACCCCCGGUUAGGGGGGCAAGGGGCCAGGGAAGAGAAGGGCUUGCCUAGAGCCACUGCUGGGAAGGAAUUGGCUCUCCAAAGGCCCCUCCUGGCCCCUGCCUAGGUGGGACCUUCAUGGUUUCUGCUCUGAGCCCCACCCCCACCCCCACCCCCACCCCCAAGUGGGCAUCGGGAAGCGCUUCAGCAAGGAGUAGAUACCAGGAAAGCAAAGGGCUUCUCAGGGAACCCCCACAUCCUCACUGAAGUUUCCCACCAGGAUGGUCCUGUGACCAGAGCCCCUUGAUAACCCUCCCGACCCCCCACCCCCUGGAGCCCCUUUGGGGGGGGGAGAGAUGGGCUCAGGGUGUGAACAUGAGGUGAGACCUGGCAUUGCAGGGCUGAGUCCUACCUGCUGUGAGCCCCUCUCUGUCCUUCCCGAGGCUGGGUGGGUGCUCAAGCUCCCUUCCCCAGCAGAGCCCCCCUAGCCUUCAAAGCCCCCUUUGGAGAGUUAACUGUCCGUGUGAGGCGCUCACUCAACCAAUAAACCCCGAGAACUCAAAGCAAUAAUCUUUGUCACCGAGAUGCGCGGCUGUUAGCGUUUGUUGUUGGUUUUUUGUUUUUUUGUGGGUUUUUUUUUUUUUUCGGUUUUUGUUUUUAAUAUUUCCUAAUAAAAGAGAAGCUGCAUUUUAUCGGAUUUUAUCUUUAGUUUUUCUACACAUCUGAGCUAAGCCUCAGGAAACUUUGGCUUCCUUUCUCCUCCCUCCCCCAUUCCCUGGACCCUCUCACCCCACUGGGCCUAACUGUGGGUUCGUGGACCUGGAUUUACAUUUCUGAUUCGUUUGAGAAAAAAAACAAAACAAAAACGAACUUUCUUUUGAAGAUGUUACAUGGUGUUUUGAAGCCAGCAAGUUCCACCCUCGGUGUCUUUCCCUCCGCAUCUGUAACUUCUUUUUCCAGGUUUUAUUUUGUUUUAAAUUCCUAAUAAAUUAUUUGAAAAUAA